AAACAUCAAACAUUAUCAGGUUUUCAUACCUGCCCGGUUGAAAUCUUGGGCUUGAUAUUCAAGUUUUUAUCACCUGCUGAACUUCGUGUACUAUGUUUUGUCAACAAAGAUUUCUGCACAGCGACCGAGCCAUUUCUUUACUCAAAAGUUCGGUGGAUAUGGAAAGAAGGUCACCCUCCUCCUCCAAUUACUCUACUCUUGCGGACGAUUAUAUGCAAGCCUCAGCUGGCUGCUUACAUCACAAAUAUUCACCUGGAUGUUGACUUCCCCUGGAGAUGCGCUUGGAGCCAGGGAUUUCCAAAAGUUCCAGUCGGUUCUGACAUGGAUGAAUUUAUUAUAUUCAUCCGGGGCACUGGAGUCCCGUAUGCCGAUCUUUGGAUACAGGCGUUGCGUAAUGGUAGGAUAGAUGCUUUUGUUGCUCUCCUAUUAGCGCAACCCUUGAAUCUGAGAUAUCUAUAUCUUGGCAAUGUUUUCACCCAAGAGAGCACAUUGAUUGGUAUGGUUUUCCGAUUGUCUCUCUUCAAGCCCAUGGAUUAUAAGCUACCCGGCUUCCAGCAUCUCCAAGAUGUGUCUUUGCUCUUCUGUGAAUGUCAGAAUCCAGCCCAUGAUAAAAAGAUUAGAAACACAGCAGAUGUCCUGCCAUUGUUUUAUCUACCAAAUAUACAACACUUGUCAGUCUCAAUUGAGAACCCGGUCACGUUCACCUGGCCCACAGGACACUUACCGGACCCACUGAAUUUGACAUCACUUCAUUUGACCAGUGUCUGGGAGAUAUAUCUUGGUGAACUGCUCUCUGUCACCAGAAACCUUAAAGCCCUUAACUACCACUGGCAUUACGAUGAGGGUAUCACUUUCAGAGAUCAGUUCGCUACACCUGUUAUCGAUCUGGGUCGUCUUGCUGGUGCGAUAUCACAUGUUCGAGGGACUCUAACCGACUUGACCAUCACAGCUAGCUGUGCCCGUGGAAGGGGUGGACCAUUUAACCCUGCUGUCAAGACUCAAGGCUUGUUGGAUGUACUCAUCAAUCUUGAUAUGGUUAAGAGGCUUGAGGUUCCAUGGGUGUUCUUGGUGGGUUUUGCGCAAGAUACAACGAGGCGGUUGCAGGAUGUGAUCCCAAGGAAUAUUGAAUUUCUAUUCAUCAGUGACAAUUUGAAAAAUCAGAACGAGGAUGAUAUGUUUCACAGUGAUGAGCGACAUAAUUGGCCUGUAUGGGAAUGGGAAGAUCGUGCCAUCUUGGGCUUGAUACAAACAUGGCUAGAACAUUGGAAAACCUGCACGCCAUAUUUGCGCGGUGUCACUCUGCUUAUAAGCUAUAUAGAUACUGAUAUAGGUGAAUGGGGUCCGAGCGUGAGGGAUGAGCUAAGGGAGCUAGGUGCUCGAUAUGGUGUUUCGCUUGAGUUGAUCGUGGACAACACCUGUAGUUGGUAA